AUGUCAAAAAGGACAUAUUUGAGUGGUUCAGAAAAAAGAAAAAGACUUGCGAUUCAAAAAGAAAAUAUUAGCAAACUACCUAAGCUUACUUCAUUUUUUACACUCGAAGAAACUAAUAGGCAGACCGAGUUUUCAACCUCGUCAUUUCAAGGCAACAGUUUGAGUUCUUCUAAUGGAUACAAAGAUUGGAAGCAUAUUAGUAACUUUUUAAUGGAGCUUGAGAAUAGUUCACUACACAGGAUUGUUGCUGUGGUGAAGUUUUUGGCUUCAAGAGGACUUGGAUUUCGUGGUGAUGAUGAAAUGUUGGGUUCUCAAAAUAACGGUAAUUAUUUGGGAUGCUUAGAAUUAAUAAGCGAGUUUCACCCUUUUCUAACUGAUCAUAUACAAAACUACGGAAAUCGUGGAAAAGGAACAAAAUACUACUCAAUAAGCGUCGAUUCCACACUAGACCUGUCUCAUGUAGACCAACUCAAUUUUAUUGUACGGUUUGUUAAAGACGGAAAGCCUAUUGAGAGAUUUUUGCUAUUUUUGCCUAUCGAAGAGCAUAAAGCGCAAUACAUGGCAGAUACGGUUUUAAACUUUUUGGAAAACCUUAAAAUUCCAAUAAAAAAUUGUCGUGAGCAGAGUUACGACAACGCCGCAAAUAUGGCAGGAAAUUAUUCUGGUCUACAGGCAAGAAUUAAAGAGCAAUGGAAAUUUGCAAUUUUCGUCCCAUGUGCAACACAUUCGUUGAAUCUAGUAGGUGCCCAAGCGGUUGGAUGUGUUUCAGAAGCAGUAGCAUACUUUCAAUUCGUCCAGAAAUUGUUCAAUUUUUUUUCGAGUUCAAACAAUCGAUGGAAGAUAUUAAAAGAAUGUUUAGGCGGACAAAAAGUUCUGAAAAGCUUAUCUGAAACCAGAUGGUCUGCACGCGCUGGUGCUAUUAAUGCUUUACAUAAUGCUUAUGAUCAUAUUUUUGAAGCUUUAUUAUUAAUUGCUAAAAACACUGAUCAAUCAGCAGAAACGAGAAACGAGGCAAAAAGUAUUGGCAAAAAAAAUGGAAAAAUUGGAGACCAUUAUCCUAACUGA